GCCACCAUGAAUUUGUUGCAUUCUACAUUUAAUUAUAAUAAUACCUCAUUAAAAUUUUGUUAUUUUUUUACUAUUUUUACAGUUUUAUGCCUCUUUUUGUAAUUUUUGUCUAAAAUUUCAUGCGACUUUUUUGCGACUUUUUCUGAAAUUCCAUGCGACUUUUUGCGACUUUUUUUGUAAAUUUAUGAGACUAAAGCGACUUUUUUUGAGUCUUAAAGUCGAUCCGAGCCCUGUAUUUGCCAAAAUAAUAUUAGUACACUUUCUUUAAUAGAAAAUAUAAAUAAUAAUUGGAUUUUUUAAAAAUAUGUAAUGGCUUCCCCAUGACGAUUCUGUGCUUCUGGUAAAAGUGUGUAUUGCUCCGAUUUUAGGGGACUUUAUUACUUCAGGAUAGAUAUUAAUAAUAACUACAAGUUACCUUCAUUUAAAAACUUGUUUAGUUAUACAGAACAAUUUUUAGGCUUGUUGCAAAAAAGGUUUUUUUCCAAUUUUUUGUUGUUGUCAUGAUUGGAACUCCUAUAAUUCUCUAAAAUUUUUAAAAAUCAAUCAAGUAUGCCUUCAAGACUUUAAUGUUUAUUGGCUAAUUGUUUAUUGUAAACACUUUUUAAAUGAUAAUCAUAAAAUUAUACAUCUAAAUCAGCAUCCUUAAUAGCUCGCAACAAAAACGAUAAAAUCCACUAUUUCAUGAAAUAAUCCUUUAUGAAGAAGAAUUACUGGAAUAACUACUGGAAAACUUAGUAUGUAAUUUUUUGCGAUUUUUUUAGUUUAAUAAACAAAUUUGUUAAAGUUAUUCCAUUUCAAACAGAACCUUAAUUAUCGACAUUGAUACUCUUAUUUUUUUAAAAAUUUUUAUAAAUCUUAGACAACUCAAAAACCAUUUAAUAAUACCAUUUAAUAAUUAAUAAUACAUCUGAGCAGAAGCAGAGAAUUUUGGAGUGUAUUGAGGAAAAUCCGACGUUGUUGACAAAAAAAUUUACUAAAGUUUUGUCAAGGCAAAAAUAUAAUAAAGAAUGGGCAGAAAUUUCAAAAGAAUUAAAUUUAAUGAACACAGAAAGAAAUUCUAGAUCGCCUCCUCAAUGGCAAAAGUUUCUGUCGCGAUGGGUAUCGAACACGAAAGGAAAAUUAGCCAAUAUCAAACGGUGCAAACGAACCACUGGAAGAGGCAAUUUCAGCAACGCCAAUGUUAGUAUAACGGGGUUGGAAGACCGACUUUUGUCUGUAAAAGGCAAAAGUUGCUUUUUAGGGGAUGGCGUAACCAAAGAAAUUGGAAUACCAGAAUCUGACUCUGAUGUCGAUUUAGAAGAAGCAAUACCAGCAGCAGUGGUCAAAAAAAUGUCUAAUGUACCAUUAGAGAAUCAAGAAUGUCUCAAAGUCAUAAGAAUUUGCCACGAUGAAGAAAUGCAGCAAUUAAAAAAAAUUUCUACAAACCUGACAAAUUUUUCAAGUGUAACGCUUCAAAUAUCACAAAUUAUAAAAAAAGCAAUUCGGGACAACGAUAAAUAA